CUUCGAUUUCAUCUUCCUUCCAUUUUUUGUUCUUACUUCCUCGGGCGCUGUUCAUAUUCAAUUCCCAAUUCCCAAUUCAAAAUUCCAAAUUCCAAUUGAUUUGAGGCUUUUACCACUGAUUUCCAGAUCUACUCUUAAUUCUCAAUCUUCCGGUGAUACUGAAUCAGAAUCCGGCGAAAAUGUCCACCGACAGCGACGACCUGGAUGAGGAUGAACUGCUGCGGAUGGCUCUCAAGGAGCAAAAACAGCGCGAUGUCAAUUAUGUCUCUAAAUCUGGCAAGCCCGUUGCUAAUUACGUCCGACCGCCGGCUCACUCCCGGAAAUCGGCUUCUGCAGCUGCUGUUUCUUCUAAAACUAGUGGCAGUAAAGCGCAGCCUAAGGGUGGUAGGAGAGUUGUCGACGACGAUGACGAUUCGGAGGUCGAGAUGCUGAGCAUUUCAAGUGGUGAUGAGGAUUCCGCCAAUUAUCGUCGAACGUCCGCAGUUAGAGGUCGCGGCGGUAAGGCGGCUAGGUCCUCUGGUAGGGACGAUGAUCCUGGCUGGGACGGCGAGGAGCCUCAUUGCUGGAAGCAUGUUGAUGAAGACGAGCUUGCUAGAAGAGUACGUGAAAUGCGGGAGACAAGAACAGCACCGAUUCCUCAGAAGUUUGACCGAAAGGUGUCUGCAAUUGGUAGACCGGGGCUCAGCCAUUUGCAGUCAUUCCCUCGUGGCAUGGAAUGUGUAGAUCCACUUGGGUUGGGAGUAAUAGACAACAAAUCAUUAAGAUUGAUCACGGAGACAUCUGAGAGCUCUCCUAAAUCUGAGAAAAAUUUCAUUGAUGGUGCCUUCCGAGACAAGUUGAUGUAUUUCUCUGAAAAAUUUGAUGCAAAACUUUUCAUUUCUCGGAUACACCAAGACACAAGUGCAGGAGACUUGGAGAAAGGCGCUUUUUCUAUAAAAACUGACCUUAAAGGACGGACGCAGCAAAGAAAACAGUUAGUCAAAGACAAUUUUGACUGCUUUGUAUCAUGCAAAACCACAAUUGAUGAUAUUGAGUCCAAGUUGAGACGAAUUGAAGAAGACCCUGAAGGUUCUGGAACUUUACAUUUGUAUAAUUGUAUUCAAGGAGUAAGCAAGCAAGCCAAUCGGGCUUUUCAGUCUCUGUUUGAAAGACAGGCACAAGCUGAAAAGAUCAGAUCAGUUCAAGGAAUGCUGCAAAGGUUCAGAACGCUUUUUAACUUGCCAAGUACCAUUCGCAGCAGCAUUAGUAAGGGUGAAUUUGACCUGGCAGUUAGGGAGUACAAAAAAGCAAAGUCAAUUGCUUUGCCAUCUCAUGUGGGAAUUUUGAAAAAAGUUCUUGAAGAGGUUGAAAAAGUGGUGCACGAGUUCAAAGGCACACUUUACAAGUCAAUGGAAGACCCAAAAAUAGAUUUGACAAACCUCGAAAACACUGUGAGACUACUACUGGAGCUGGAUCCUGAAUCAGAUCCUGUGUGGCAUUAUUUAAACAUACAGAAUCACAAGAUACGAGGUUUGCUUGAGAAGUGCACCUUAGAUCAUGAGUCAAGAAUGGAAGCUUUGAAUACUAAAUUGCGUGAAAGAGCUAUUGCUGAUGCAAGAUGGAGGCAGAUUCAACAAGAUCUGGAUCAAUCUGUAGGUGAAAUCUGUAAAGAUGAUUCUAAUGAUGAUUUGAGCAAAUUUAUUAAAUUGAACAUGGCCUUCGUUUUAAUUUUUUUUCAUUGUUGUCAGUCAGAUGUUGAUCAUUCUUCUGUUAGGGUUGGCCAUCUCCCUGUGGGUGUGGAACUCGUGGAAGUAAAUAGUGAAGAAGUUGAUGCUCUCAGAGGUAGAUAUAUUCAGAGAUUGACAGCUGUACUUAUCCGUCACAUACCAGUGUUUUGGAAAACUGCUCUUUCUGUUUUCAGUGGGAAAUUUGCCAAGUCUUCUCAAGUUUCUACUGAAUCAAGUACAAACACCUCGGCUAGCAAAAAUGAGGACAAGGUUGGUGAAGGGAAGUACUUGAAUCAUUCUCUCGAGGAAGUUGCUGGGAUGAUACGCAAUACACUGUCUGCAUAUGACGUAAAGGUUAACAGCACCUUUCGUGAUCUUGAAGAAUCAAAUAUUCUUCAGCCGUAUAUGAGUGAUGCCAUAAAUGAAAUAUCUAGCACAUGUCAAACUUUCGAAGCAAAGGAAUCAGCUCCUACAAGUGCUGUGAUUGCACUGCGAACACUUCAAUCAGAGGUGACAAAGAUUUAUAUUUUAAGGCUUUGUGCCUGGAUGCGAGGCUCCAUCGUAAAUAUUUCGAAAGAUGAAACAUGGGUCCCUGUGUCAAUUAUUGAGAGGAAUAAAUCUCCAUACACAAUCUCUUUCUUGCCUCUAGCAUUUCGAUCUAUCAUGUCUUCUGCAAUGGAUCAAAUAAAUUUUAUGGUUCAGUCUUUAACAAGCGAGGCUUCAAAGUCGGAGGAUAUAUUUUUGCAGCUUCAAGAAAUUGAGGAAUCUGUUAGACUUGCAUUUUUGAACUGUUUCCUUGAUUUUGCAGGUCAUCUGGAGAAUAUUGGAAAUGGGCUUAUCCAGACCAAACAAAACAAAGACAAUCUACACUUGCAGAAUGGAUUUUCUCAUGAAUUUCAGGACAAACUACUUUCAGAUGUGCAUGGGAAUUUUGUGAAUCCACAUCAACAAUUGUUAGUAGUCUUGAGUAAUAUUGGUUUUUGUAAAGAGGACCUUUCGUGUGAAUUAUACAGCAAGUACAAGCAUAUUUGGUCACAUUAUAGGGUAAAAACUGAAGAGGAUAGCAGUGACCUUCAAGAUCUUGUUAUGUCCUUUACUGCAAUUGAAGAAAAGGUCCUUGAACAGUAUACCUAUGCAAAGGCAAACUUGAUGAGAACAGCUGCUACUAACUAUUUACUGGAUUCCGGAAUCCGCUGGGGAGCUGCUCCUGCAGUUAAAGGUGUUCGUGAUGCAGCUGUAGAGCUUCUCCACACUCUUGUGUCUGUCCAUGCUGAGGUUUUUGCUGGUGCUAAGCCCCUUUUGGACAAGACACUAGGCAUUCUUGUUGAAGGUUUAAUUGAUACUUUCCUCAGCAUUUUUGAUGAAAAUGCAACAACAGAGCUACAGUCACUUGAUACAAAUGGUUUCUGUCAACUCAUGCUUGAGCUCGAGUACUUCGAGACCAUAUUAAAUCCUUAUUUCACACCCGAUGCAAGGGAGUCUUUGGGGUCUUUGCAAGGAGUGCUUUUGGAGAAAGCUACUGAAAGUGUGACAGAGGCAGCUGAUAAUCCAGGCCAUAAUCGUCGGUCGACUCGUGGGAGCGAGGAAGCUCUAGAUGAACGACAGCAAGGAGCAACUGCCCCAGAUGAACUUAUUGCACUGGCACAGCAGUACAGCACAGAGUUGCUUCAACAAGAGCUCGAGAGAACACGAAUAAACACCGCUUGCUUUGCAGAGUCGAUUCCAUUAGAUUCUGUCCCUGAACCAGUCAAGGCAGCAUACACUUCAUUUAAUGCCACUUAUAGAGGAGGCAUAACUCCCACGGGGUCUCCUAGUUUCUCGUCCCGGAGCAGGCGUCGUAUAUAACCUUAGAUUCUUGUUUGCUUGAUGGAUUUUCCCAUAUCAAUGCAGAACUACUUUCGGUUUUGUUCAUUCUUGUAAGUAAGUAAAUCUUCAUUGGUCAUCCUAGUUUUAUUUUUCCCCAUGGUCAGUUUUUGCUGUAUAAUUGAUGUCUAUUAUUUACUUUCAGGGAUGUGGAACUGUUUAUAUUGUGUCCCAAGUUUACUUUAACAAAUAAUUAGUGUUGACAAUAUGUUCGGGUUCUUGGUCUAUACAUUUGUGAAUGUCUGCUUUAUAUCUUAGAAAUUUCAAGUCUUAAUUGUUGUUCU